GACCAAUCAAAAGUUGCGUAAAGUUCCAGUCAUUUGACCGACAGCUAAAGUGAGAGGGAAUUUUGAAAUCUAGGUCACUCUCUGUUAUUCACCUUGAGUUUUCUAAAUAUCUCUGUUGCUGGUCGGCGUGUGAUUGAAUAUCCUGUGUCAUUUCUAUGGAAGAAUUUCAGAAAACAUUUAGUCAGUUUCAAGAUGGUUGGCUGGAAUUACAACAAAAGCACUCUUCUUUGGUUAUUUCAUCAUAUAAGCUUAAGGAAGAAGAAACAAAUUGUGUUCAAAGUGUUAAGCAUUGUCGAACAUAUAUGAAACACUUGAAGAAUGAAAUAAAUCGUCUCAGUAAGAAUGCUAAAGGUGAUGAAAUAUCUCUUCUUGAGAAGGCUAGAUUAGAUAUCUUGAAAAAGGAAUAUUUAUUACGAGACAUUGAAGAUGUUUUACCUCGGGCACCUGGUUUGUACUUACGCAUUGUACUGGGAGCUUUAAAUAUAUCAUUUGCCAACAAGGAAGACAAAUUUAGAUACAAAAACGAUUACGAGCAGUUUAAAAUUAUUCUUUCAGGAAUUUGUGCAGUCUUUGCAUUCAUCCUUUAUUUUUUCAUCCAAAACAGAAUUGUAGAUACUCUUUUCCAUUUUCUCUUGGUAUGGUAUUAUUGCACAUUAACCAUUCGUGAGCGUAUCCUUAUUGCUAAUGGAUCACGAAUCAAGGGAUGGUGGAAUAUUUCCCAUUUCAUGUCAACAGUAAAUUCUGGUAUUAUGCUUAUUUGGCCUAGAUCUCAUUCAUAUGAUGAAUAUCGUGACCAGUUUAUGCUAUUUGCCUUGUAUUUAAAUCUUGUUCAUUUCAUACAAUAUCAAUAUCAAAUAAGUUGUCUCUACAAACUGCGUACUCUAGGAUGUCGACAUCCAAUGGAUAUAACUGUUGAUGGUUUCAUGUCGUGGAUGUUUCGUCGAAUAACAUUCAUCCUACCCUUCUUAUUUGGUGUUUAUGGUUUUGAAUUGUAUAUGUCAUAUAACCUUUAUAUGAUAUCCCAGCAAGAUUAUUGUCAUGAAUGGCAGGUACUUGCAGUCUCAAUGAUGUACUUUGUACUAGCAAUGGGUAGUAUUGUAACAGUGUUACAAGUAAUCCGUCAAAAGAUAUGCGCCCCACCGCCUAUUGUAUUACAUGAUCAUCUAACGAAAAAGUAUAGUUUUGCUAGACCAUCAGAAAAGUUUACGCCAAACAAUAAUAAACAUGAAGAUGAGGAUAAAAAUGAAAUUGAUAAAAAGAUUUCAUAAUCUGUUUAUUAUCUUAUCCUAUACACAAUGAUGGUAAUUAUCGCCUUUCCUCUCCUCUCCUCUUCUCUCCACCGCACUUUGAACAGAAUGAACUUUGUAGUUGAAAUAGUCAUUUGAAAGGUUAUAAAUGUGUGUGAGUGUGUGGGUGUCCCUCUUCUAUUUUUUACUCCAAAAAUGAUGCAUUUCUGUGUGUGUGUGUACGUGUUUACUCCUUUGAAAAUUGAUUUCUUCUUUCCAAGCGGUAACAAUUUUGAUUUCAACAUCUUCAAUGUGCAUACAAAUCAAACCAGUCUCAGUUUUGCUAUACAUAUACACGUAUAAGGUCCACCUUGUUGGACGGGGGGGGGGUAAUGUAAACCAAUUGUUACAUAAUUAUAGUAUAUACUGUGCUAUAUUGUGUAUAUUAUGAUUAUUAUUAUUAUUACUGUUAUUAUUUAUUAUUUGUGACCUAGAUAAUACAGAACACUUUGUACUUUAACAAUAUGUUAUUCAUCAAGAUGUCAUUUUUAUUUUUGAUGAUAUCACCAUUCAUUAGUGUGUGCGUGUGCGUAUUUAUUAUACAGAUAUAUAUAUAUAUACAUAUAUAUAUAUAUAUA